AUGAGUAGUCGAAAGCCGUCUUGGGGAUAUAUAGCAAAGGAGUCAAUCCUCAAAAUCACAACAUUUGUCACUUACCAGGAGGAACCUACUAUGACUCUCCCUAUGGCUGGAGCCUCACAGGCAGCAACAAACCCAUUUUCCCAGCUCAUUAUCGACUGCGACAACGAUUCUAACAAAAUUCAAGCCCGAUACAAUGCCCACCGGAGCAACAGGAACGCCCUUUUCAGGGAGAAACUUCUUGCCAAAGACUUUUCUGGCUGGCAGGUUGAUGAGAUUUUGAGGAAUCUGAUCCUCGCUCAGGAGACAGCGAAGACGAAUGCACACAGCACCCCUAAUGAGAAUGGAAAUGGCAUCCAAGCGCCAUUCGUCGACCACCGCCAUAAUCUGAAUUUCUAUGUUCGCCCACCAAAGCAUAUUCGCGAAAUAGUCACUGAGAUCCAGGCGGAGCUGAGGGAUGUUGCGCCGACUCUCUGGUUUUCACCCCCAGAAUCCCUCCACAUCACAGUAUUGGAGGUCGCCAGUUCCCGUACCGCAGAAGAGGUCGAUGCCCUGGCUGCACACCUCCACGAGAAGACCGGCGCAGCCUCGAAGCUAGUAAACUACACCAACUCUCCGCACCACCGUGCGCGCCUAGUUAAACCGAUGCUCAGCUACGAUGCAUCUGCGAUGGCUCUGAGUUUCCUGCCUGCCGUCGAUGAGCCUACGAAUCAUUCAUCUCUGAGCGAUGCGUAUAGCUAUCACCAUUUGAGGCGCGAUCUCGCGCAUCAGGUGCUGGAGACCGGAAUCACAUUGGGUGCAAGGUAUGUUGUGCCCUCGGCGCAUGUUACUCUUGCGAGGUGUGUGAGCCAGGAUGGGAGUGAUGCGAAAUAUGUGAUGAGAUUGGUUGAGAGGAUAGAGAAGGUGAAUGGGAUGCUGAAGGAAAAGUAUUGGCCGGCGGACGGUUUAAUGCCGCUGAGGGGAGAGUGGGUUAUUGGGGAAAAGGAGGGGUUGGAGAUGAACAAGGGGACGUCAUGGUAUGGAGGUGGGGAUAAGAUACUUGUUGGGGAGGGGUUUGAGUGA